UGUAUUUAUUCUUUGGCUAAAUCAAAAACAAUUAGUUCAAUUAUUUAUCAUACUGAUAUAAUAACAUGUUUAGCAUUAGAUUCAACAGGAUAUAUUCUUGUUACUGGUUCACGAGAUAGAACUUGUGUUAUUUGGUAUUUAUCAUUGAAUGAUAAUCGACAUAUUAUAAAUAUUAGUGAUCAAGAUCCAACAUCAAUUAUUACACCAGAAAUGGCACUCUAUGGGCAUACAGCUGAAAUAACAUGUGUUUGUGUUUCAUCUGAACUUGAUCUUGUUGUUUCAGGAUCAUUAGAUGGUACUUGUAAUAUUUAUACACUUGAACAUGGAAUUUAUGUACGUACAUUACGACCAACUGAUACUAAUUGUGAUCCAAUCGUUAAUUUAAAAUUAUCUGAUGAACGACAUAUUCUUGUACAAACAAAAGAUAAAGAUACACAUUUAUUUUUAUAUUCAAUUAAUGGUUAUCUUAUUCGUACAAGAAAAUUUGAUUAUCAUGUUGUUGAUAUGCUUUUAUGUGAUCAAUAUAUUAUACUUGCUGUUAAUCAUCAUCCAACUUUGAAAGAAAACCCAGAAUCAAAAGAAUCAUUUGCCGCAAAAAUUGUUAUUAAAGAUAUGUUUGAAAUGACUACAAUUCAAGUCACUCGUCUUCGAACACAAAUCAAUUGUAUUCAUUUAACGAAAGAUUCAAGCCAUUUACUUGUUUCUGUUAAAGGUGGAAAAUUAUUUGUAUUAACGCCUGAAAAAAAGUAA